AUGGUUGACAGCGGAGCUGCUUUCACUUGUAUCCGGCCCGAAGACGCUACACAUCUCCCCAUGUCCGGUCAUUUCGUGCGGACAAUAGGGUUCGAGGGUAUUAAACAGCUGAUCCCUUCCACAAGACCAGUAAAGCUCUGCUGGCAAGACCACACGAUAAGAAUACCAGUCCUGGUGUCAGACCGUACACCUAUUGCCCUCCUUGGCAGAGAUGCUUUGUGUGGAUUAAACUGCACCAUAAAGUGUUCCCCCGAUGGAUGUGAGAUUGAGAUCCCAUACCAAGCAUGCCAUCAGGUGAUGAUGCUGUCAGAGUCCAGGAAGUCAACGCCCACUGUAUUUUGGGUGGGUAAGAUCAGCGACGACCUGUUGGAACCAUACAAGAAAUGGGAAAAGUUUAUCCACUCCAAUAAACCAGGAGCAAGGACCCCCGAGUACCCGUUUCACUGUACAUUACAAUACCACAAAGACCUAACGCAGGCCCAGGCAGAAGAGUGGUUACGUCGGCAACCCCAUGGAGCGCAAUUGAAUGGGACUUGUAUCGUCCUGGGACCACAGGGAGUGGCCAUGAAGAUACAGAGAGACAUAUACAUCAACAAGGAAUUCAAGGUCAAAAAUAGCAUCCCACAUGUGACCUUGUUGGUGGCAGAGGACUGUGAGCAGCAACAUGUGGGGGAGAUGAUGGUGGAGGCGGAGAGGCGCAAGUUUUCCCCGCUGGAAGGAAACGUUGCGCUGUGGGUGAGCGCUGAUAAGCAGUAUAUGAAGAUCAUGAUCUCAGCGCAUGGACACGGACAACCCCAAACGGUGCAGCUGUCGCACGACUCCAUCCUCAGUAUGGCGACUGAUCAACUCAAAGAGGACAUGUUACGGCAGGUCCCUGACUACCUGUGGUCGCGCCAUAGUACAGAUAUUGGACUUGUAAAAUCAGCGCAACCGGUAAAAGUGGAUCUUCGGCCAGGCUGCAGGCCGCCAUGGAAAACACAGUAUCCACUGAAAGAGGAAGCAGUUCAAGGGAUUGAGACACAGAUUGAAGGGCUGCUCGUGGCAAAUGUGUUAAGAAUAACGCAGACCCCUCUUAGUAAUACGCCAAUAUUGCCCUUGAAAAAACCUGACAACACCCAUCGGCUGGUACAUGAUCUUCGAGCAGUGAACGAGGUGGUAAUUGACAAUGUAGCCGAUGUGCCGGAUCCGCACACCCUGCUGGCACAGAUACCGCCGGAUGCUGAGUGCUUCUCAGUGGUGGACCUUUGUGGCGCCUUUUUCAGUGUCCCACUCAGCUGUGAAUCACAAGGACUGUUCGGGUUUACGUUCAAGGGGCAGUUUUAUCAAUAUCAGAGACUUCCUAUGGGCUAUAAACAUAGCCCUCAUGUGUUUAACAAAGUGUUAAAAGAUGACCUCGAAGGGCUGGAACGACAGGUGCAGAGCACUGUUAUUCAAUAUGUGGACGAUAUUAUUGUCUGUGCCGUAGAUGUUGAAACGUGUCACAAAGACUCAAUCAGACUGUUGCAAAUUUUGGCAGAAAAUGGUCAUAAAGUGUCCCAAAAGAAAUUGCAAUACUGUAAAAAACAAGUUGACUAUUUGGGUCAGAAAAUAUCAUAUGGACAGAGACGUAUCUCAGAUGGCCAUUUGGAGGCGAUACGGACGGCUCCGAAACCCAGAACCGUCAGGCAAAUGUUAACAUUUCUGGGAAUAGCGGGCUAUUCGGCCUCCUGGGUCGAAGAAUACGCCAAAUUGGUAGGGCCGCUAAGGGCUAUGAUCAAAGACACAGGCAAUAAUGACCUCCACGCAACACUGGAUUGGACACAGGAUGGCCUUGUGGCGUUUGAAACAACCAAGGCAAGGUUGCAAGAGGCCCCGGCAUUGGCUUUACCAGACUAUUCCAAAAAUUUCGUGUUAUUCACGUCAAUCUCAGCAGGGGGAAAGUUUGCAUGUGCGAUUCUUUGUCAGCCUACAGGCACCGGGUCUGGACCCCAACCUGUGGCCUAUUAUUCAACAUCCUAUUCCGAGGUGGAGAUGGGACUGCCGCCUUGCUAUAGAGCUAUGGUGGGAGUCUAUUUGAUGUACGACAAAGCCUCUGCCAUAACCAUGGGCUAUCCUGUGACCAUUCUGACUCACCAUAGUCUUCGGACUCUGUUGAACCAUGGCAAGUACACCUUGACAGAGCCCCGGCUCCGGGACUAUUACAGACUUUUGGAGCAAGAGGAUGUCACUCUAGCAAGGUGUACUACUGUAAACCCAGCUGAAUUUUUGCCAACUUCAGAGGACGGAGACCCUCACGAUUGCUUACAUGAGUCAGAAAAGUACUCGAGAUUACGGUCUGAUUUGCAAGCCAUCCCCUUGGGCGAGGCGGAUCUCGAACUCUGGACGGACGGUUCUUGUUAUCGAGUCGGGGAAAAUUUGUGCGCUGGCUAUGCAGUGGUACAAGCGCAAGGUCCUGAGUUUGUGACAAUCAAAGCCGGAGUGGUGCCACAACCAGCCUCGGCCCAGCUUGCUGAACUAGUGGGGUUAACGAAAGCGUGCUUGCUCGCGGAAGGGAAAAGAGUGACGAUCUAUACAGAUUCCGCAUACGCGCAUAGUGUGUGCCACCUGUUUGGUGCUGUGUGGAGGAAUCGGGGCUUCAAGAAAACUGACGGUUCCCCCAUCCAGCAUCAUGCGCAGAUAAUGAGACUGCUGAUGGCUAUGAUGAAGCCCAGUGAAAUAGCCAUCGCGAAGUGCGCGGCCCACAAGUCCGAUGCGUCCAGGGUUACGCAGGGAAACAAGAUGGCAGACGAGGCAGCCAGGGCGGUCACGAAGGGAAGCCAGAAGGGAAGAGUUUUGUUAGUAACGCAUGAGGUUGACCUCGAGGACAGGGUCACGCUCAGAGAUGUACUGUUGAUGCAAACGGCCGUUAAUCCGAUGGACAAACAUCUUUGGGCGCAGAGGGGGGCGAGUCAGGACUCUACCGGCGUUUGGAGAAAUCACGAGGGUCUGAUAGUGGCGCCGCCAGAUUUGUUGGGACUGUUAAUCCAGGAGGCACAUGGGUUAGCCCAUGUGUCAAGGGGGGAGGUGAAGCGAAAAAUAACCGCAGAAUAUGGGUUUUGGGCGCCAUAUCUACUCGAACAAAUCGACCAGGUCAUUGGAAGAUGUGUAAUUUGUUUGAAAAACAAUGUGAGGAGAGGGGUAGCCACCCCCACGGGUUACAUCCCGACUCCUAAUGGCCCCAUGAGAGAACUAGUGAUAGAUUUCGUCGACAUGAUACAACCUGUUGAAGGGAAAAGAUACAUGUUGGUGGUCGUAGACCGAUUCUCAAGAUGGCCGGAGGCCUGUCCAACUAAACGAAAAGAUGCUCAGUCUGUGGCCAAGUUUCUGUGCCGUGAAGUCAUCAGCAGAUGGGGUCUGCCGGAUAGGAUUUCUUCAGAUAACGGGAGAGAGUUUGUGGAUAAAACGGUCAAAAUCAUAUUUCAAAAAUUGGGAAUUAAACAGCGGCUUGGCGCAGUAUAUCAUCCACAAAGCCAAGGCAUUUGUGAAAAAAUGAACGGCGUUUUAAAAAAUAGAAUUUCCAAAAUUUGUCAACAUACAGGCUUGAAUUGGAUAGCUGCCUUACCACUGGCACUGAUGGUCUGCAGGUCGAGUCAACUACGCGAUUUGCAUUUGACCCCACACGAAUUGGCAACCGGUAGACGCAUGCCCUCACCAUGUUUGCGAACCAGUGGGAAAGGCCCAAGCCUGUCAAUUUUGGAGGACGAAAUGAAAGCCUAUGUCAAACACUUAACCACGAUACAUAGGAAUAUUUCCACCUAUGUUGUUGACAGGCAGAAACAGGAGGAGGCACAAGAGAGACUCGAGGCAAAUACUAAAGACACUGUUCAGCCAGGAGACAAGGUGUAUGUGAAAGUGUUCCGGCGCAAGUGGUUCAACGAAAGGCGGCAGGGGCCAUUCGAAGUUGUCCGCUGUACCGGAACUGCGGUGCAAGUACAAGGGUCGCCAACUUGGUACCAUUUGACACACUGCGUCAAGGUGCCCAAAGAUGAGGAUCCCCAAAGAGGGAUGCGCGACUGCGAAACUGCAGAACCACUGCCAGAACAAGAAUCGCCAGAGGGCCCGGAUCGGGACAAAGAUGGGCAUGAUCAAGCUGUGGUGGAUAAUGUGUCUGCUGAACCUGUCCCUGAGGACAUCGCGGGCGGCACAGCCGACGACAGAGGAAACCAACAAUUCAACGAUACCAAUCUUGACGACGCACCCUCCCCAGGCGCAGAUGACGACCCUCAGCACAACAACACUGAGCCAACUACCGCCAGAGGUAGUGCCCCCAGAGAACAACGCCACCCAGCAGGACCCAGCGGCGGACGCCCAGUCCGCCACAGAGUCCGGCCGGAGCGGUACAUUGAGCAAUGUUGAGGGAGUGUUGGGGGGGGCUGCAAUACUGCCAUGCAAUUGCAGAAAGGAAGAAGGGUCCCUGUGCAGACGCACCGCCGAAUGGGAAGACAACACCGAACCCCUGGAUGUGGACCGGGGCCGUGCAAGGGACUCUAUGGACAGUGAACUGGACAUAAGGACUUUGUAUGGACAGCAGGCCCUGGGCAGGGGUACCUGGCACGACCCACCAUGGGAAGAUUCGGUGGACUGGACUCUGCCUCAGCACGCACUCACACAUGAGAAGGGGGGCUACAUUUCGGGGUUUUGAGUCGAUAAGCAUGUUUUGAUACCUCUUUGUUGUAUACCUCGUUUUUUUAUUCCGUUUUUUAUACCUCAUUUUGUUAAAUCAUGGCAUGUUGAUUAGGUGACGAUGCGACUUGACCGUUUGGCAGUCGUUGAACGUGUCAUUUCUUUUUCUUACUGUUCUGUGAGCUCAUACUGUUUUGUGAUGUGUGCCGGGACUCCUUGUUACCUGGCUGACGCCAGGUGGAGGGAAUCACUGGGGUUGUUAGAAAGGGCCUCCCUCUUUUUCCUUGUCAUUAGACAGGCAGGUUUUUUCGCUCGAGGGAGGGCCGACAGCUUUUUGGGGUUUCUAACGGACCACGCCAAAUUCAUUACUUCCCAAAUUAUCGAUGGUGUUACGGUAUUACCUAAGGGGGGUGGUUAUCGUCAUUUGGAGAAGGUGGACUUCAAUUAUCUUUAUUUGUGGUUCCUGUGAGGCCUCAGGUUGCUGUCAAGGAGCAGUUGGAUACCUGAAGAGUUUGAGCUUUCUUAGACAAUGUAACCUUACGUAGCAUGUCUUGAGCGUGAUUUAGUCUGCGAAUUUCUAGGCCGUAUUGUAGACGUGACUGUAAAUUUUGGUUGGGUGAAGAUUUUUGGAUGUUUACCGAUGUCAUCUUUCUUUUUCGGACCGUUUUCGGGACAUUUAUAACGUCCCGGAGGGGGGAAUGAGGUAAAUUUUAGAUUCUAGGCGUCGCCGUAUGUCACCUUAAAUGGUGACUUAGCUGCAGUGAGGAGACCAUAAGCUAUUUUGGCUGGCCAGAGAUGCCUCAGUUUCUGCAAGGUAUAGCAACUUAGAAUAUAGAAGGGAGCAGCUGUUGUUAUGCAGGGGAAAGCGUCUUCUACAUGUCCUUCUUAGGACAUUUGGGAGCAACGAGUAGACUAAAAUACGAACAGCAGCUGCACCCCAAGUCAUGACAUCAACGGUUCGGGCAGGUAUAAGAUAGGCUUGUCUGUGAGAGGGGGGAGCUUUUUGGGGCGAACAUCUGUGCCGUCGAGAGCUGAACCAUCUUUGCUUUUGGGGCCACUCAAACUUUUGGAGAGACAUCACUUUGACAUCGGUUGAAUAAAAUCUUUUCCCAAUCA